GUUUGACGUCCCCAACUUCACCAUGAGGGAUAUUCGAAAAGCCAUUCCCAAACACUGCUUCCAACGUUCGACGAUUCGUGGACUGAGUUAUGUCUUGCGCGAUCUUCUCUAUCUGGGAGUAACAACCUACACGAUUCACACCUACACCCCAUUCUUGGCUGGCCCGACUAUUCGACUUGUUGUAUACACAUUCGGCACAGCACUAUCGGGAAUGAUCAUGACUGGGAUCUGGAUUCUGGCCCAUGAAUGUGGCCAUGGCGCCUUCAGCGACUCAAAGUUCAUCAACAAUCUUGUGGGUUUCUUGCUCCAUUCAUUCCUUCUUGUUCCUUACCACAGCUGGCGUAUAUGUCACUCGCAGCACCAUAAAGCCACAGGCAACUUGCAAAGAGAUAAUGUCUUCGUGCCUCGCACAAGAAAGGACUGGAUCAAGCACAGUCACGGCUCCGACAGUGAUCCAUACAGUAUCACGUUCGCUCGUCUCGCGGAAGAUGCUCCUUUGAGGACACUAUAUCAUUGCAUACUACAUCAGUUGCUUGGUUGGCCUGCAUACAUGCUCAUGAAUAUGAGCGGCCAACAGAUCAAAAGAGGCUUUCCAUAUGGUAGCCACUUCUGGUUCGGGGUCCAGAGCGUGCUGUUUAAGGAACACGAAUUAUCCUUGGUCUUCUGGAGCGAUCUAGGGGUGGUCGGCAUGCUUGGUAUGCUUGCAUUUGUAUAUUCGUUAUAUGGAUGGUGGCCGGUCGCUGUCCUCUAUUUUAUUCCCUAUCUAUGGCUGAAUCACUGGGUUGUCAUGAUCACCUAUCUCCAACACACAGACGCUCGCCUACCGCAUUAUGCAAACUCACAAUGGACCUUCGCAAGAGGAGCUGCAGCGACCAUCGAUCGAGAUUUUGGCUUUAUCGACACUCAUUUGUUCCAUAAUAUCGUGAGUACCCACGUAUGCCACCAUUUGGCUUCAGUCGUGCCAUUCUAUCAUGCACAGGAGGCAACAGCAGCGAUCAAGAGGGUCAUGGGUAGGCAUUACCAGGCUGAUACUCAGACCCCACUCCUAAAGGCCUUCUGGAACACGCAGCGAGAUUGUCAAUUUGUCGAAGAAACAACUGGAGCUGUUGGAUCA